AUGGCACCGCGGAAUCGUGAAGAGCUUCUCGCCUACGGCAUAGUCGAUCCGUCAAUCGAGGCCAUGCUAACAACGUGUCUCCUUCUCCAGGAACUCGCUGCCCGGCCUCUCCGGGACCCGCAGCGCGGAGACCCUUACUUUGGACGAAAUGACUUCUUCGCGAUGCGAGAACAUCGGGCGACGCGCUUGCGUGAGUCCCAUCACCAGCGCUACCUCCCCGGCCCCAUUCCGGAGCAGGUCCGCGAGGAUGACCGCAAAGUCACCAUGAGAGACGGCCAUGAAAUCGCCAUUCGGGUAUAUGCCCCCGUAAAGGCCCCUUCUGGAGGCAGUCCACUCAUUGUGAUGUAUCACGAGGGAGGGUGGUGCAUGGGUGAUCUCUCUGACGAAGAGGUGAACUGCCGCCUGUUCAGUAGAGAUCUCGGCGCAGUUUGCAUCAAUGUUGAGUAUCGGCUCGCUCCCGAGUUCCCCUUUCCAACCGGUAUCAAUGACAGCUGGGACGCGUUGCAAUGGGCAAACCCUUCCCAAGGUUUCAUCAUCGGUGGCGGCUCCGCGGGCGGUAACAUCACGGCUGUCCUCGCCCACCUCGCCCGCGACGAAAAUCUCUCCCCGCCGCUCACGGGACAAUACCUCUGCGUCCCAGCUAUCAUGUGUCUCACUCCUCCCGAAUCCAUACCAGAAAAGUAUCGCCCCGAGUAUCUCAGCCACCCCUCCGUUACGCUGUGCAAAGACCCCGUUAUAGGCAACACCGCCGGUGAUGGAGAAGCGGCACUGCGUGCUAUCAUUCAGCCCGACGUGGAGAGUCCUCUCUUCAUUCCGUUCCACUAUGGUAGAAUCGGUCAGGGUCACAAGGGGCUGCCACCAACAUACUUCCAGCUGGCUGGGCUGGACCCUUUCCGAGACGAAGGACUUAUCUAUGAGCGGGUUUUGAGAGAGGAAGCUGGGGUCAAGACGAAGCUUGAUAUCUACGCUGGGCUGCCUCACUACUUUUGGACCAAUUGGCCACUCUUGGAGAAGAGCAGGACCUUCGUGGAAGAUACCCUCAAGGGUAUUCAAUGGCUGUUGGAACAGAAUAAGUAG